AUGGAAAAAGAAAAGCGUUUUCGACCUAUUCCAAAAAAUUUCACUAAACAAUUUUGCGCAAAUAUUCAUAAAGAAAUAACGGAAAGUUAUAUAUGGAAUGAAUAUUUGGAAAAUGUUCUUCUUGAAAUGGCAAAACGUGAUGAUAUGAACGAUGCAUUUUGUAGUGAAUUCGCUGUUCCCAUUUCGAGUUUUCAUUCAGUACCAUUCGUUGAUGUUGUGAAAAAAUGUGAUUUUAUUGGCAUUCGGGUUGAGGUUGCGCUUGAUAACGAUUAUUCGGUAUAUGCUGAUAUUUCGAAGAUUUUUUUUUGGUUUGCUAGAAUAAUUAAGAAAAAAUCAAAAAGGCAUAUAAAUAUCGAAUUUGACAGUGGUGCAUUGAAUUUGGCAAACUCAAAAAUAUUCAAAAAUAGUUUUAAAGCCUUUGAUAGUUCAAAAUUAGGCGCUCUUAGGCGCUACCUAGGUGAAAUGGCUGGCUAUCGUCUACUUUUACGUUUCGAAGGUAUGGAUGAAAAAGGAGAUGAAUGCUAUGAUUUUUGGAUCAGUAUUGCUUCUUCGGAUUUACACUACGUAGGUACUGGCUAUUUCUUGUUUUUCUUCGGUGUUUUAUUUUCGUUCUGUGUACAGAAUAAAAUUUGUCAUUCAUAA